AAACAACAUGGCGCGUCACGAACCAGGAGAGUCUUAAAAACAACUCAGGGAAGCAGCGGCGCUAAGCUUAUUGAACGUACAGGUAUAUAAACUUAGUUUUUGCAAACACUAUUUUCUGUUUUUUUAACGAGGUCUGCAGGAACAAACCAACGGGUAAAAGAGCUGUCAAAGCGCUGUUACCAUUUAACUGACAAUCAGUCUAUGGGCUCUCAGUCCAGUUCUGGGAUGUCCGGUCGGGGCUCUGGCAACAACCCAGACCAGUCAGAACCAGAAGCCAACCAGAACGCCAAUCAGACGGGUCGUACACAGGCUGAGAGACAGUCAGGAUCUGAAGAGGACGUUGACUUAGCACAAGUUCUGGCGUACUUACUGCGAAGGGGCCAGGUACGUCUGGUCCAUGGAAGUGGAGCAACAGGCCUACAGCUUGUGCAGUCAUAUUCAGACUCUGAUGAGGACAGUGAUGGGGCUUGGGAUGGGAGGUUAGGUCAUCGAUAUGACCCUCCAGUGGAUGCUCAACCAGACACACAGGAGGUGGAUCGCAGCGAGAUCCACACUCAGAUCCUACUGGCUACUGCUUCCUCUGGCUUAAAGGGCAGACACAGUUUCACACAUAUGCUGGCUGAGCGGGAACAGGGGCGAUGUCGUGGGUCAAGUUUCUCUCAUGGAGAGUGCAGCCGUAUUCGUUCACAUUUUUUGCCCAAUCAUGUGGUUUACAAGGACACUUAUCAGCAGAAAGUAUUUUGUGGAGUCUACAGUGAUGAGGGAAAUAUGUUCCUGUCUGCAUGCCAAGACCAGAAUAUCAGGUUAUAUGACACUAGUAGGGGUCGUUUUACUCUGAAGAAGACUGUGAAGGCCAGAGACGUGGGUUGGAGUAUUCUGGAUGUUUGUUUUACACCUGAUGCACGAUGUGUGCUGUAUUCCAGUUGGUCAGACUACAUCCACGUGUGCAGUGUAGAUGGGGACAAUGAAACGCACACCGCUCUGGACCUCAAUCCUGAUGAACGGAGGUUCUGUGUUUUCUCACUGGCAGCAUCCACAGAUGGAAAAGAAAUCUUAGGCGGUGCAAACGAUGGCUGCCUUUAUGUGUUUGAUCGAGAGCAAAACAAAAGAACACUAAAGAUUGACGCUCACGAGGAUGAUGUGAACGCCGUGGCAUUUGCAGACAGUUCAUCGCAGCUGCUGUUCUCAGGCAGUGAUGAUGCUCUGUGUAAAGUGUGGGACAGACGAACACUCAGAGAGGACAGACCACAACCUGUGGGACAUCUGGCUGGACACAGAGAUGGAAUCACCUUCAUACACAGCAAGGGUGAUGCUCGGUACUUGAUCAGCAACUCCAAAGAUCAGACCAUCAAGCUGUGGGAUGUGAGGAAGUUUUCACCAAAAGAGGGACUUGCGGCUUCACGACUCGCUGUAACACAACAGAACUGGGACUAUCGCUGGCAGCAGGUUCCCCAGAGAGCACUGAAGAGGCAUAAGCUGACCGGCGACACCUCUGUAAUGACCUACAGGGGUCAUGGGGUUCUGCACACACUCAUUCGCUGCCGAUUCUCCCCUGAAUUCAGCACUGGGCAGAAGUUUAUUUACACAGGCUGUUCAACAGGCAAAAUAGUCAUCUAUGAUGUGUUGACGGGAAGCGUUGUGUGCAAAUUGUCCAAUCAUGAUGCUUGUGUGAGGGACGUCAGCUGGCACCCGUAUAACAACAACAUGGUCAGCAGUUCAUGGGAUGGUGCCAUUCGUUUGUGGGAACACACACAGAACCACCUUCUGGACAAGGACAGAGAGAGGAUGAAUGUGGAUGUGGUGGACAUGAAGAGAAAGGGCUAUUGAUGAUUUCAGAGGUAGAAGGUGCCGUAACUGGAGGAAUGGGAUAAUCGAGGGAUGCUAUAAAAAGAGAACAAAUGUUGUGCAGAGAAUUACAUUGCUGUAGUGUUAGGCCGGAUCUUCAAGUGCUGUCUGUUUGAUUCCACUUUGCUCAGGCAGUACAAAAAACAUGAUUAAAACUAUAAGGAUUGGUGACGUUUAGUUAAUGGA